AUGGAAGGCUCCCUUUCGGACUCCUAUUCCAUCGUCGGUCUCUUGGUUACCAAACCAGAUUUCAAUUCAUCAUACAAAUCCGGUGACAUAAUCGAAAUUGAAUUCAUCUCUUGCCCUGGAAUCACUGUCAUCGAUGAGAUUAACUUGACAAUAAGCUGGGAAGGGAAAGCUCAUAUUCUUGACACCAACGUUACCUUGACUCCUCCUGGUCAAAAAUCGUACACUCUCAAGUACACCCUUCCCGAAGGUCUCAAACCAGAUGCUCGGUAUAGUGUUGGAAUUGGUUCGUUAUGGAUGGCUCAAUCUUCCACCUUCUCUAUCAACGAACCCGGAUGGGGUCUUUCAAUCGUCAAGCCUGAGAUUAAUCAGUGUUAUAAA